GCUGAGGGACUCCGGUCGCGGCUAGGGGCUGCGAGUGCGCAGCAUUUGCGUACCCUUCACACACGUUGCAAACACACAUGUGGCCCUGGCGGACGCAUUCUGAUCACCUACUACGUGCCUGACACUGUGCUAGGCGCUCUACGUACUGCUUCACAUUUCUUCCUCAACUCCCCUAGACAGAAUGUACGGUAAUGUUACGAAGCCGGGUCUCCCGUGCCCAGCACAUUUCUCUCUGCCAUGGGUAAACUUGCUGGCUUCACCGGCGACCGAAGGCCCAGAGAAGCGGCAACAGCAUGAAGGGGCGAGGCCCGGGAUGUAGCUGAGCGAAAACCCAGGCUGACCACCAGGCGGCGACAGGCGGCUCUGGCGCGACCGCGCCUGCGCAGCUGGCUCGGGCUUCACAACAGGCCGGAAAUCGGCCCCGGUCCUUGCAGGCCGGGGAUUGUCCUGGCAACCGUGGCUUUUGGGGCGUGGGUGUGGGCGUGAGCCCGUGGAGGGAGUGUGGGGCUGCUAGGUGAGGGAUGCGCGUGACACGUGGCCUGGCCGCCGGGAGAUCCCGUGGGAGUCCUCCCUGCCUGGCUGCCAAGGUGGGAGGCAGGCGACCGAGAGGGGCUGGGGGCGUGAUUGAAGUGUGCCGAGUCCGGAAGGGCGGGCCAAGAGGAGGUAGUGCCACCCUCUGGCCACCCUCCUCCCUGUUGGUGUGGGCGAAGGAACCGACGCACAAAGGCUCGGCCCUUAAAGAGAGUCCCGAAAUAGAGCCCACACACCUGGUCGCGCUUCCGUGGAGAGUUUUGUUUUUCCCUAAACGUAAAGCUUAAAAUCUAUAGUUUUCUAGAAGAAAACUUAGGGGAAACGUGUUGUGACUGUGUUGAGCAAGAUCUCUUAGAUACACCAGAAGUAUGACCCCUUAAAAAAAAAAAAAGUUAAAAAAAAAAAUACAUUGGACUGCAGCAAAAUUUAAAACUGCUCUUCAAGACACUUUUAAGAAAAUGAAAAGAUAGCCCACAGUCUAGAAAAAAAUAUCCACGAAACACACGUGAUAGGAAGAUUUGUAUCCAGAAUACAUAAUGAACUCUCCAAAUCAGUAAGAAAGCAAAUCAUUUGAAAGCAGACAAAAAGGGGGCGCCUGGGUGGCUCAGUCUGUUGAGCCUCCGAUUUAGGCUCAGGUCGUGAUCUCACGGUCUGUGAGUUUGAGCCCCGCGAUGGACUCUGUGCUGACAACGCAGAGCCUGGAGCCGGCUUCCAGUUCUGUGUCUCCCUCUCUCUGCCCCUCCCCCUGCUCAUGCUCUGUCUCUGUCUCAAAGAUAAAUAUUAAAAAACAAACAAACAUAUGGCUGAGCAAUUCUACUCCCAAGUAUUUGCCCAAGAGAAACAAACAAAAACUUAGGUUCACACAAAAACCUGUACACAAACAUUGAUCCCAAAACUUGAAAGCAUUCAAACGGACAUCCCUCAAUUUAUGAAUGGAUAAACUGUGAUAUAUCCAUAUAACGGAUUACCAGUCAGAAGUAAAAAAAGAAACGAACUGCUGAUAUAUAUAGGAGGACAAUGCUGAAACUCCAAUGCCUUAUGCUAACUGGAAGAAGCCGGAAUCAAAAGGCUACAUACUGUAUGAUUCCAUUUACAUGACAGUCUGGAUAAGAAGACAUCAAUAGUUGCCAGGAGAAGAUGCAGUGAGCUGGGCCCGAGGACAUCCCAGCCACCCCGACACGCCACCCAACAUCUACGAGGGGGGCCUGGGGGCCCAGCAGCAGUGCCCUGGUGCCCAGGGAAGCAAGCCCAAGAACUUCCGGCUGCGCCACCUCCGGGGCCUGGGUCUCUACCUGCCGAGCCACAUGCAGCCCGCCGGCCAGGGUGAGAGCCACUGGCUGGGCCAGCUCAUGGCCAGGGGCUGCCUCCCACCGCCCGAGGGUAUGGCUUGGCCCCUAGACCUGCCACACGGGACUCUGGGCCCAGGGGACAGCCACCGCUCAGUUCUUCUGGAAACUCAAGUGCCCGGGGACAGCCUGGAAAAUCCAGCUUCCAGUUCCAGCGUGGACCCGGCCAAGGGUGCCCCCUCCCAGCCUGGUCCCCCAGAAGGCUCGGGGCUCAGGCCGAAGAGGUCCUGGGGGGCCUCAGAGGAGUCCACAUGUCCCUUGUGCAAGAGAACCCGCUCUGGGGCUCUGGAGAGACCAUAGGGAUCUGAUGGCAGGACUGGCUGUCCCAGCUCGGGACGGGAAAGGAAAGGAUGGCUCAGGAGAGGGAGGCAGGUCCAGAGAGGAAGGGCUCAGCCCCCACCAGGAGUCACCCCACAGAGACACCCCAGCAGCUGCCCAGCACCAGAGCCUGGGCCUCAGGAAAACUCAAGGGGGGGGGGGGGAGGGAGGAGGAGGUCCCGAGGGAGGAACAGAAAAAAAAUAGAAGCCCUUGCAGCCUGCUCCAACUCAGGUCAGCCACCUGUACCUGGGAGGCCAGGCUGAUCGGAGACUUGGGCUCCCAAGAGGCUGAGAAGCCCACAGGUCUAAUUUUAAUAAAAGCCAAGGCCUGCA